AUGCAUGAUAAAAUAAAAAGAAGAGAAAUAGAUAAAACAAAAGCAAAGGACGUAGCCUUAAUAAAAAAUUAUGGAAUUAAUAAUAAGAAUGAAAUAUAUGAAGACAAUGAUAAGAAAAUAAAUAAUAAAAAUUUUAAAUCUGAAAAUACAAAUUCUACAUCAAGAAAUUGCAGUGAUAAUAAUGAAAAUGAUUCUUUCUGUUAUGAAUGUUACCAUGGAGGGAAUUUAAUUUGUUGUGACCAUUGUAUUAGAUCUUAUCAUAUAUAUUGUCUAAGUGCAACAGAUAGACCACAGGCAAAUUACAAUUAUUGGUAUUGCCCACUAUGUGUAUCUAUUGACAUUUCAUGGAAAAAAAGAAAAAAAAUAAAAACUAUCAGUACAUAUGAAAAGAAAAAAGAAAAAGUUAAGCAAAAAAGUGAAGGAAGCAAAUAUACAAGCCAAAUUAAUGUAGGAGAAAAUUAUCAGGUCUCAAAUGUCUCAACAUUUUUUUUAAAUAAUCAUUCAGAAAAAUAUGAUGAAGUACAUAAAUCUGAGUUAGUUUAUUCACCUUAUUUACUGGAAAGAAUGAAAGAAAAAUUUUUAAGUGAAGGGCAAUAUGAAUUAGUUAUCAAAAAUGAUUACGAGCUAGCAAUUUUUAUAAAAGAAUUAGCAAAAAAUUGGAAAUGUCAGUUAGGUUGGCAUCCUUUUACCCCUGAAUAUGCCUUCAAAAUUUUACAUAGAGUUGAUUAUAAUCCCAAAAAAGCUAUAGAAUUAUUGAAAAGUUCAGAUUUUAAUUUUUUAGAAAUUUGUGAUCCUCCUAUACGUAAAUAUGAAAACAAAUGGAGACCUAGAGAUAAACGAGGUCAAAUAUCAGAUUCACCAUAUCCUUCAUCUGAACUCCUACAAAGUUAUAUUAAGCGUUCAGUUGAAAUUACAUUAGACGAAAAGAAAUAUAAUUAUAACACUAAUGAAAAAAAUAAAUAUUAUUGUGAAAUAAAUAAAAAUAAUAUAAUAGAACAAAAUUACCCACAUGAAAGAACAAGAAAUGCUUUAAGAAAAGAAGUCAAUGAAGAGGAUGAAGAUGAGGAAUAUGAAGAGGAAGAAGAAGAAGAGAAGCAAAUAGAUAUAAUGUAA